AUGUUAAUUCGAAACAUUCUACUUCCCUUUUAUUUGAUAUUUGCCAGUGUCUUUGCAGAUACUGUGAUCGACACUAACACAGUUACCAGGGGCUUUCUUGAAAUUGAUGGAUCUGUAACCGUUGAGUCAGACAGCUAUUGGGCUAUUAUUGAUAACGCCUUAACUUCGUUUGUUGGAGAUGUAAGGGUUCAAGAGGAUGCCACGUUAUACAUUACGUCACUUUCUCCACUGCUUGCAUUGACAGUUGAAAUGUUAAACCCAUUGCAUUUGUUCGUGAAUAAGGGUACGACAGUUUUCAAUUCGAUGAUAUCACUUUCUCCUCCAAGAUAUCAAAUUGCUGGUCAAUCUUUUGUGAAUACUGGUGAAAUCUAUUUUGUGGGUGGGUCCGCUGUGAUCCCACCUGUUUUUGACAUUACCACAGCCGAAUUUGAUAAUCAAGGUCUAAUUACCUUCUACCAAGAUUCAAGAAGUACUUCAUUAGUUAACCUUGGUGUUCCAACGACGACGAUCAACAAUGAAGGUAAUAUUUGUUUCUUCAAUUCUGUAUAUGGUCAAUCAACUGCAAUUACUGGAAAUGGUUGUAUGACUGCCAAUAUGGAUACCACAAUCUACCUAUCGAAUGCCCUUCUCGGAGUACCCCGUGAACAUACAUUUGUUCUAGCUGAUAGUGAAUCUUCUAUUGUUGCUGAUGCAUUUUCUACAGUACAAACAUUUACAGUUUCAGGUUUCGGAAGGGGCAACAAGGUCGGCUUGACUUGUCCAUUAUUCGAAAUUCCAUUCGGACCUAAGGAGUUUGAAUACGAUCCUCAAACAGGUAUUUUAACAUUACGUUGUGCAGGUUUGCUUGCAACCAAAUUCGAUAUCGGUUUAGGUUAUGAUCCAAAUGGUUUUAGAAAGGUUACUGAUUCUGGAGGUGGUUUCCCAGCCACUAUCGGUGGUUCGGUUACUUAUGAUGGACCAAUUCCAAAUGAAGUUAUGCCAGAGCACUGCAUGCCAUGUCAGCCAAUUCCAGGUUGCCCUCUUUGUACUCCAGAAGAUGACGAGGAAUCUACUAGUUCUGAGGUUGAUGUUGAAUCAAGUACUACCACAGUUGAUGAUGACGAUGAGGAAACUUCCAGUAC